ACAAUUGCAACAAAAGGAUGAUGAACAAAGACAAUGAAAUUGCUCAUAAGGUAAAACAUGUGAUGAAUACGAAACCUGCUACUCAAGCGCCAAUCCGAAGAACCGCAAGUCCGAGUCGUGCCAUCAAAGAGCAACAAGAGGCAGUGGAAGGGUCUUUGCUUUUAGAAGACAUUCAGAAUUUCCACCAGAAGAGUGUUAAUGUUAGUGCCUUAAGUUCAUCUAUGUCCAAAGCUUGUUCUAUUGUUGAAGCAGUUGCAGAUCUUAACUCCACUACGAAUCAACAUCAAAGAACCGAGGUCAGUUUCACAUCCGCAGCAGCGAAGAAAGCUGAUCUAAUGGAGCCAAGCUUUGAGAAGUAUGUUACUGUUAAGAGAGGAGCUGCUAUUCCGGAGGACUCUCAUGACUGCAUUGUAGCUGAUCCUUAGGAAGUCAAGUGCUCACGGUGGUGUGACCAAAUUGUCUCCAUGAAAGUGCUAAGCUCAUUGAGAAGCGUGUGCAGAUCAUAACAUCAAUUUGCUAAAGUUCCAAGUGUCAAGAGUCUUGGUGAAUGGGCUGGUAAGUCUUUAUGUUUUCUCUGCAGGUGAUGUGUCUGGCCAUCACACUUGUGGGUUUAAGAAGAGAGCUAGAGAAGUUCAAUGAAGCAGUUUCCGAAGA